AGUUCCCAUUUCUCCUUGCUUACAAAAAUUUUCUUAAAUUUCUUUUUUCGCGAGCAACGUAGUCUUAAAUAUGGAUAUUCCUUUGGCUAUCGUCUAAUUGUACCUAAAUUGAGUUCAGUGUACCGAAUGAACCUUUUGUUUCGAAAAAGUCGGAAAAAGUACAAUUGAAAUGCGUUAAAUCCUAUUACAAUUCUUUAAUGAAAUUACAUAUAUAUGUUUGCUUUUUAUUUUACUUAGACGCUUCUCCGGAAUUGCUUUAUUGGUUUUCGGAGCAAACACUGCAGCCAGGACCGACUGUAUCAUUGAAAUGUGUAGCAACUGGUAAUCCUUUACCGCAAUUCGCAUGGUCACUGGAUGGGUUUCCGGUGCCGAAAAAGUGAUAAUAUCUUG